AUGGAGUUUCCAGCCUCUCAAAGACAAAAGGUCAAUAGUUUGCAUGGCACUGCAGGGCCGUCCAACUACCGAGAUGCAUCUAGUAAUUCAAGAGGAACAUGGAAAAACUCUCCCACUCUAAUAGCUGCCCCAUCGAACACACGUAACACACGUCCCAAGCCAGCAGCAAGUCCCUACGACCAAAUCGCCAACGGCAACAAUCUCCGAACAAAUCCGAAUGCGCAACGGACGGUUCUCGGUACCCCUGCACGAUCACAAGAAUACAAGCGUCCCAAACGUGAUCACACAUUCUCCACUAACCUUGCUAUACGGAUCAAUAACUCGAGUUCCACAAACAACACCCGUGCUUCUGCAAGAUAUACAGGGCAACCAGAUCCCGAGGUACAAAUCAUUGACAGACCUCAUGGAAUGAAAAGUACACCUGGACACCACAAGCAUCCCAUUGGUCAAGAGGCCGAGGUAAUUAUUUCAGACGGAGAGGAUCUUGGGAUGCUUGUACCUCGUUCUCAUCCUUCGUCGUCUUCACCGGACCCUAUGAAUCUUCAUCCUUUCCAGACCUUUCCAGGUGACGCACAAUAUGCUGACUCCAGGAAGGGCAAAGGAAAGGAUUCCUCUCCGACCACACAGUCUUGCACUGUGGUUGUGUCUGAUGAAGUUGAUGAUAUUCAAGACUUUUCGUCAGAGGCAGGCAACAACCGGCCUUCGCUGCCCCCGAAACCUCAAUCGCAGCGAGCUGCAGAUGAUGUUCAAGACUUUUCGUCAAAGGGAGGCAACAACCGGCCUUCGCUCCCUCCGAAACCUCAAUCACAGAGAGCUGCAAUCCGUACGCCCAUAAGGCAAAAUAUUGUCCGCGACACUCGAAAGGUGUUCGAGCCUCACCUUCCAUUCCUUGAUUUACGGAAACAGGAUGCACUCGGCGGCGGAGUUGUGAAGAAAAUGAAACCCAGGAAAUCAACCAAGUCUGCCUCAACGUCUCAAUCGCAGUUUGAUCAUAUUACGACAUCGUCCACGCAAUUCACAUCCAAGGAACUUCCUCGCACUAAGGACCCUCCCCUGAAACUCCCUUUGCGAGCAUGGGCAAUCGGUUUGAAAAUAUUUAGUGCAGAGGAUGGUUCCGAGCCCCCUGUCUUUGAGUAUGACCCGAAGAGCAGACGUCUCACUGUGGCUGUACCUGGACAGUCUCAAUUUUUCCAGUUCCAACAAACUAAUGGGUUUGAAAACGUAACAGUCACAACUGACGAUAAGAAAUCCUUGAAAGACGAUGUGGUCAUACAGCUACUGACGGGGAAAGACUGCAAGAUCUGUGAUAACGGAAAAUUAAUAAAUGAGUUUGAACCCGGACUGAAUCGUGGACGCGGGAACCUGACGUUCUUGUUUAGUACGGCCGAAGACAAAGGAUGGACGCAAACGAUAUAUCAGAACCUACGCUUUCGCCUGGCUGAUGCGGCAUCUACACACAAUACUGUGAGACCAACGGGCGCGCGCACACUCUGGGAAGAAGUUCAGCAGUUUGCAGAGAUGUUUCAACAGCAAAGUCAUCGUUCGUCUAAUUCUCGCCACGUGUCGAUGGCUCCUUCCGUCAAGAAUGCAUCUCCUGCGCCAGAUGUACUUAGCGCCACAGUCAAUUCUGGAUCGUGCUUGGCACCUGAUACUAAAUCAGCAAACGCUGAGGCCGGUACAUCGCUGCGCCGUUCAUCACGGCGUUCUGCUGCUGCAGCACCCGAAAUUCAGUCAGAGUCUCCUCCCAUAGCAGAUCCUGAAGAACUAAUUCUCGUAUAUCCCCCAUCUGGCCCUGGCGCAUUGAAUAUCAUGGGCAGCGAUUUGAAUAGACUCAGACCGCACGAGUUCCUCAAUGAUACAUUGAUAGAGUUUGGCUUGAAGCUUUGGCUCGCUGAUCUUAAGGAGCAAAACCCGGAUCUUGCGGAACAAAUUCACGUCUUCAGAUACCAAAGCGUGAAGAAAUGGACGUCUAGGGUUGAUAUAUUCUCGAAGAAAUACAUAAUUGUCCCGAUCAACGAGAAUCUUCACUGGUACCUCGCCAUCAUCUAUGAACCCGAGCACACUCUUCUCCCACCUCUCCCUCAGAAAGAACCUUCUCUUUCUCAACGAGGAAAACUACGGCGAAAGACUGCUGCUGAACCAGACGUAAUUCCUGCGACUGAGCCGGAGGCUGCACCACCCCACGACCUACCAGCAUUAGAAGCACGAUCAGAACCAGAUGCUGAAGCGGCCUCACUGCACGCUACUUGUGCGUCCACGCCAAGUAUUACGCAAGAUGAAGACAUGGAUGUCAUCUCACCUGUGGAAUUCACACAGUCAUGUUCAAUAUCCAACCAACACCCUCCGAAACAACUCAGGGCUUCAUCACCUAAGUCUGUACCUAUACGAGGCAGAUCUACCUCUGUAGGCAAGGCCUCAGGGAGAUCGAUGUCCGUCGAAGCACAUGUAGACUUGUUGUUACCGACGUCUUCUCCCCGUCCGGAACCGAUGGAUGUGGAUGUUACUGUUAUCGACAUCGAUACACUCCCAGAGGGGAUCGAGCCGAAGGAUAAUCUUCCAUCUUCCAAUACAUCAACUUCAACACAUGUCUCUGAGCCUCCCAGCGCUCGGUCAUCGAAACCUCCGUCUCGUAUGACUGGUAUCCCUACGGCUCACUUUUAUGGAACCUCUGCCAAGAGCAAGGGAAAGCAGAAGGCUGUCGAGCCAGCCAUUGUGCCUGACUCCGAAGAGGAGGACGAACGCAAUGAGGACGAGAGGCACGAAAGGGAAGUAGAUGCUAUGUUGGACAUCCAACCCAGUUUGGCCACUCAGAUUUCCAGUGAUCCUCUUAGGACUUGGAUCUUCACGCUAGAUUCCCUAGGUUCACGGCAUCCUCAAGUACAGAAGGUAUUGCGGUAUUGGCUGAAGGCUGAAGCGAAAGACAAGCGACAACGUGACGAGGUGAGACUGGCUGAGGUCAAGUUUGCACAGGUCCCAUCACAACCCAACUUUGCCGACUGCGGCGUCUACCUGCUACAUUUUGCCAAAACCUUCCUUAACAAUCCUGUUCACUACUUUGAUCUCAUCCACCAAAGCAAGAAAAUAUAUCCUGCAGAACAGCGUAAAAUCGACUGGAAUGAGGGUGAGGUACAGCACUACCGGAAAAAUCUUAUUGCACGGAUCCAAAUCCUUUCCAAAGAGUGGAAGGUUUCGAGGGCGGUGAAGGAAGAGGACGCGAAACGCAAACGGGAGAGCGAAGAGCUUGGGCAAGCUGAUAACGAUUCAGAUGCGGAGGUGGACAUCCUCGAGGACGUGAAGGUCCCACAGCCCGCGCCCAAGUCAAAGGAGAAAGAGCGACCAGCCAAGAGAAUGCGUGGUUGA